AUGGCGGUGAGUCGAGAACCUCUUGACAGAAUCCUUCUUCUGUUUAUGCUGGAGACGAUUCACGACUCCCUUUCAGACAAUUUUUCCCUCUCCAACUUGUCACCUCUCCAGUCUACCGGAGGCGUCUAUUCACGACUCUCCUCUACG